GUUGGUUGGAACGAUCCCUCCCCCCUUCCUUCCCUCCUUCUUCUCCAUUUCCUCCGUCGUCAACGCGCCUCCCUCCCUCCCUCCCUGUCUCUAUCUGAUCGCCGAUCGCCGCUCCGAUCUCCGAUUAGCCGAUGGCCACCUCCGGCAACAAGAACAUCAAUGCCAAAUUGGUGCUUCUUGGAGAUGUUGGAGCUGGAAAAUCUAGCUUAGUGCUGCGGUUUGUGAAAGGCCAGUUUGUUGAAUUUCAGGAAUCCACCAUCGGUGCUGCCUUCUUUUCUCAGACUUUGGCUGUAAAUGAUGCAACUGUGAAGUUUGAGAUCUGGGACACAGCUGGUCAGGAGAGAUACCACAGCUUGGCUCCCAUGUACUAUAGAGGAGCUGCCGCGGCAAUCAUUGUGUAUGACAUGACAAACCUAGCAUCAUUUGAGCGAGCCAAGAAGUGGGUGCAAGAGCUUCAAGCACAGGGUAACCCUAACAUGGUUAUGGCUCUCGCUGGAAAUAAAGCAGAUUUGUUGGAUGCCCGGAAGGUUACAGCCGAGGAAGCACAAACAUAUGCCCAAGAACACGGUCUCUUCUUUAUGGAAACAUCUGCAAAAACUGCUACAAAUGUCAAUGACAUUUUCUAUGAAAUAGCUAAGAGACUACCCAGAGUUCAGCCAGCACCGAAUCCGUCGGGAAUGGUUCUCAUGGACAGACCCGCCGAAAGGACGGCGGCCGCCUCGUGUUGUUCUUAAAGUAGCCCCUCGUCUGUCAGUGCUUUCUGUAAAAGCCUAUCUUGUCUUCUCACAAAAUGCAUGAUGAAUUGCCGUCACUCCGAAGUUAUCUCUGCCGAAUUGUCGGGCGGAAUUGUACAUGGGAUGUCAAUUUAGGUUUUCUCUUAUGCACAGCGUUACCAAGUGUGUGAUAUAAUCUUCCAUAUACAAUGGCUAUGGUUUGGCUCCUAUAACGUUUUCUGAUAUGUAUCUAUCACACAAUC